GGUCAUUAGGACAUGUGUAGUUCUCCACGGCAACUGGCGCUCUCUUUCACUGAAAAAUAAGAACCUUGCACUCAAUAUUGUGCAAUUUUCGUUAUCUCCCAGACACACAGAUAGGUGCUGGUGGCCUGCCAGCGGUCACUCGGUGUGUAUGAGCGACGGCGACGCUGCUGGGAACCGGAAUCCCGCUGGAAAGAAGCAUCCCGUGCUGCUCGACUGCUGCGGAGGACUCAACAACGUCGAUUAUUCGAAGAUGGACUUAACGUUCAUGGAAGAAGUCUUAAAACACAUCAACUUUAAUGACUCCAGCUUUUGUAUUGCUGUGAUCGCCAUCAUUUUCAACCCUCUCUUCUGGAAUGUGGUGGCGAGAUGGGAGCAUCAUACACGGAGACUCUCCAGGCUCUUUGGAAGCCCCUACCUGGCCUGUUACUGCCUGGGCUUCGUUAUCAUUCUGCUCAACGCGUACCGCAGCCACAGUAUAACGGUAGCAAUGAAGGCCCAGGCCAAGUGGGAGGUGAUGGUCAGGACAGAUGUCUUCUACACCGGCAUAGCUCUCAUGGUGCUGGGCACUCUGCUGGUGGUCAGCAGCUUCCUGGCUCUGGGAUUCACUGGAACCUUCCUAGGUGAUUACUUUGGCAUCCUGAUGGAUGAGAAGGUGACAGGUUUUCCCUUCAACAUCAUAGAGAACCCGAUGUACUGGGGCAGCACUGCCAACUACCUUGGCCUGGCACUCAUUGGUGCCAGUCCUGUUGGUCUCGUCCUGACUGCCAUAGUAGCCGUGGCUUACAAGGUGGCAAUAAGAUUUGAAGGACCAUUCACUGGACAGAUCUAUCAGGAGAGGAGUCAGCGCCGCAAGCAUGAAUAACCACCUCCCUCCCGGGCGCUUCCUGCUCCUGGUUUGGCCGAGGAUUCCCAUCCUGUCACGAGGACAGACAGACUGAACAAGAGACAGACUUACCGUCAGCCUUGAUCUUUAAUUCAUCUCCAGUGUGCAUUCAAAGGCCGCGAUCACACUGCAGCUGGAUUUUGUUUCCUUCUAAUGAAUGUCGAAGCUACAUAGAGCCAUUUCUGAUGUCAUUUUGGACCACAUGGUUAUGACAUACUUAAUUGUGAUGAGAUGAGAAGAUUGAUACCACUCUAAUAUAAUGUAUGUAGCUGGAGCCAGGAGGUGUUAGCAUAGCCACGCUACUAGCAUAAUGUUAACAGGCAAUUACCACAGGUGUUGCACAGAACUACUGGGCAGACUGUCAUUCAUAGAGACAUGGUUACAGUGUCCAGUCUUAAUGCUAAGCUAGGUUCACUUUAUCCUGGCUCAAGCUCCAUUCUUGGAGCCAUACUUUAUGCUAAGUUAAUCAUUUCCUAAAUCUAGAUCCAUACUUAACACAUAGAUAUGAGGGUGGCAUCAAUCUUUUUGUGUAACUAAGCAAGAAAGCAAAUAAGCCCAAUUUCCCAAGAUUUAAAAUUAUUGCUUUAAAGCUAGGUUAAAUUUCUACUGUAUAUAGAGAAAACAACAGUGUAAAUCACAAAGACAAUUUGCAGCAGAGAAUAGAAAACCCAUCCACCUUAACUGAGAUACUAUACACAAUUCAUUUUUCAAAUCUAUGUUAGGAUUUCAGCACAGGUUAGAAUCAAAGAAAAGAGCCAAAUACAUGCUUUUCUUCUAAAAAGCAAACCUACGAGAGAAGUUGGGCUCACCAGUGCUGAUGGCUGAACCUUUUAACCACCUCCACCUCAGUAGAUGCAAAGAAGAAAUAGAAAAUAAAUCAGUACCUAAAUGUUUUUAAAGUAACUUUUUUGUUACAGUUCACUUACUUAUUGCAGCAUUAAAAAGUAAAAUAUGGGUCUCCUGUAGAUGUAUUAUAGGAAACAUUUGGUCUUGUCAUAGUAGGAAAAGCACAGAUGUAUCUAAUAACAUUAACAGUGGCUUUGUUCUAUUUAAAUGCACCAUUGAGCUUUGCCAGUGAGCCACCAUGUACAAUGCCAGCACCCUGCAACGUACUGAUAGGAAUGAAGUCAUAAUUCAUUUGUUGAACAUUACACCUGUGUUUGACAAGGCAAGCUGCCUACUGUAAAAAAAAAAGUCCCAAAGUCAUGUUAAUGACCCAGUGAUGUUAAUGACUGUGAUGUUGGUUUAUAGCAUUCUCUAUAGCUCCUUGUAUUAUUUGUGUUUCUUCUCAGAUGCUUUUGUUUGCAAAGACUGAAAACCCGGUCAUGGUUUUUCACUAGUUCAUCACUGGCACAAGUUCCUGAUUAAUGUCAGAAACUGCAAUUCUUAUUGAAACCCCACAUGAUGACUAUAUACAAUGGAAAUACUGCAUACUGUGAGAUUUGAUGGUGUGACUGUCUGUAAAGUAAAAUUAUCCUGGAUCAACUGGUGGGAGUAAAACUUUCAGAGUCUCGUUCGAAGCUGAACAAAAAAUAGAAAAGAGUAGAAGGUCAUAAAGACCUCAAUUCUGUUCAGAGAAUUCUUCUUAGAAGUCUAAGAUAGCCUUUAACACUGCCAUUGCUGUAAUAAAUAAUACACUGUUAUUCAAUGUUACACACAGUUUUAAUCUUCUAUAAAAUGUAAACUCUUAGUGCCGCAUGAUCUACACCAAUAACAGUUUUAUACUGUACCUAUGCAAACCAUUCCAAAGUGAAUUAAACACACUACCUGCUGAUGUACUCGAUGUUAAUGGAAUAUUUUUUAUGCAAUAAAAGAGUGAG